CUUCUGCCAGGUAUUUUGCAAUACAAAUUACGUAGCACCUUUUGAGACACGUUGAAAAACUGCAAUACAUAACUGUGCAUCUCGUGCAUCUAUAUAAAAAGCAUGUUCAACAUACAAGGGGGAAAGGAAAUACAUGAAUGAAAUUAAUAUAAUCUAAAGUCCGACUAGCAUGCGCGCCACUCUGCGCGCAGAUCUGGUGUCUGGAUAAACAAUUAUCGUUUGGCUGACACAUUGUAUAGUUCACCACCGGUCAAAGCUUCUUUUCUAGUAGCUGGUUAAUCGACGAUGGAAGUACGGUCAGAAUUAAUAUCAGAACUCAGUGAAAAGUUCUUUAAAAAAUUGGAGGAUGAGGGGCCGUCAGAUCCCAUGGGAUUUCAUCCUGCAGACAUUGCUAGAAUUAAAGAGAAUAAGAACUGGUUAAGACGAUUUUUAGAGCAUACCGAACAGAAUGUAGACGAUGCGCUUAAUAUGUUAUGGGACACUUGCGUUUGGAGAAAAAAAUUUGGAACAAAUGACAUUACAGAAGAUACGGUAAGAAAAGAUUAUUUAGAAGAUGGAUUAUGCUUUAUUCAUGGUAAAGAUAAAGAUGGUAAAUCAAUGUUUGUGAUUAAAUAUAAAUUGUAUACUAAGAAAAGUAAAGACUUUGAAGACUUACAAAAGGUUGUAGUGUAUUGGUUUGAAAGAUUAGAAAGAUACACUAAUGGCAACCAAAUAUCACUUUUCUUUGAUAUGAUAGAUACUGGUAUUUCAAAUUUAGUAGAUACAAGGUUCAUUGAAUAUUUAAUCAGUCUUUGUAAAAAUUAUUAUCCAAAUUUUUUAAAUUACAUUAUCAUAUUUGAAAUGCCAUGGAUGUUGAACACUACUUUUAAAAUUAUAAAAUCAUGGUUGCCGCCUAAAGCGAUUCCAAAAAUUAAGCUUAUUCAAAGGAGUAACAUACAAGAAUUUGUGGACCCUAAUGACAUACUCAUUUCUUGGGGUGGCAGCAAUGACUAUACCUUUAAGUUUGUAUCAGAAGCACAAAGUAAUAUAGAUACUACAAUGAAUGGUAAAGUUGAUAACAAAAAGGUACAUUUUGCAGAAGGUUCUCCAAUAACAGAACAAUCUCCAACUAGUUUUGAAGAUCGAGGAAGCAAAGAGGAAUUGUUGUCUGUUGAACCAAAAACAAUUACAUUUAAUAAAACGGGAAAUGAAACAGCUGGAACAAUUACACUCAGAAAUACAACUUCUGAUAGACCUUUAUUUUACAAGGUGAAAAUCACGUCACCCGAAAAAUUCAGAGUACGACCAAGUUCAGGAGUUAUAUUACCUCAAACAACCCGCAUUGUAUCUGUUGUUUUACAACCUGGAUAUAAUUUGCGAGGCCUUUUACACAAUGAUAGAUUUUUAGUUAUGUGCCUCCCAUUGAAAGAUGCAAACACACCUGCUCAAGAAAUAGCUGCACUUUGGAAGAGUGAACCGUCACCAGAACAACAUAGAUUGCGAUGUUGCGAUGGAGAUGCCGAUAGUAAUGAUAUACAAAAAUCUCAUUCCAUAUUGUCAUCUGGAAUGUCAGAAAAUAGUAGAACAACGGACACACUGUUUCAUAAAGUAGCACAAUUGAAAGAAAGUAAUAUAAAACUUCAAAGUGAUGUGACUUUUUUGAAAUAUUCACUAUUGUUUUCUAUAAUAGUGACAAUUAUAACGGCUAUACUGGUUGUUUACAUUUUAAGGAUUGAUAUUAAAAAUUCUAUGGAUCAAGAUGCCUGUCAUAUUCCCCAUGGCAUAUAGGUUUUCAAUUAAAUAUCUAUCCGAUUUCUUUACAUAUGUAGUAAAACUUUCUAUUGUUUCAUAUUUAUGUUUAUUGCGUAAUUCGUUAUAUUGAUUACCAUUUUCUCCAUUUUUAGUUCUUCUAGUUCCUGAGUUUUUAAAUAUUUUUGUUAUCAAAUUAUGUGAAAUUUAUUUGAUUCCAUUAUUACUAAUACAAGAACAAUAAGUUACUGUUAUUUAAGGAAUUCUUAUGUAAAUAUAUUUAUCAGGAAGGAAGAUGUAUUAUUAUUAUUAUUAUUAUUAUUAUAAAAAUAUAUAACUAAAUAGAAGUAUUUUUAUAACGUUUUACACAUGUUUUUAGAUGCUAUUCGUAUUCAAUAUAAAUCAUCUUAUACUUUGUUGUUUAAUUACGAAGAUUUCUGAAUUUUAUUUGUCUCCAGUUAUUCAUACUACAUGCUCAUUGUAUUGUUAUUAAAAGUGUUACAUAUAAUACACAACGUUAUUUAUAUGUUCUAACUAGAAAGUAUGUUUCUACAUUACACUGAUAUAGAAUAAUAAACAUCAAUGUGGCUAAUGCAAAAUUCAUACUAAGAUAGAACAAAAACUUUCACUAAAUCUAUAUACUAUAAUUAAUACUU